AUGCAGAUGGAGGCUGUGGAGAUGACACAGAGCUUCACCCCUGAGCCCUUCACUGAUCAAUUGGGGAGGAGUCAGUGCAGAGAGGGAGGAGUCAGUGCAGAGGGGGAGGAGUCAGUGCAGACCGGGAGGAGUCAGUGCAGAGGGGGAGGAGUUAGUGCAGAGGGGGAGGAGUCCGUGCAGAGGGGGAGGAGUCAGUGCAGACCGGGAGGAGUCAGUGCAGAGGGGGAGGAGUUAGUGCAGAGGGGGAGGAGUCCGUGCAGAGGGGGAGGAGUUAGUGUCAAGGGGGGUGCAGAGAGGGAGGAGUUAGUGCAGAAGGGGAGGAGUCAGUGCAGAGAGGGAGGAGUCAGUGCAAAGGGGGAGGAGCCAGUGCAGGGGGAAGAGUCAGUACAGAGAGAGGAGUCAGUGCAGAGGGAGGAGACAGUGAAGGGGGAGGAGCUAGUGCCGAGGGGGAGGAGUCAGUGCAACAGGGGAGGAGUCAGUGAAGGGGGAAGAGUUAGUGCAGAGGGGGAGGAGUCAGUGCAAAGGGGGAGGAGCCAGUGUAGAGGGGGAAGAGCCAGUGUACAGGGGGAGGAGUCAGUGCAGAGGGAGGAGUCAGUGUAG